AUGGCGAAUUAUCUGCCACAAUGCAAGCCCAGACGCAGCAGAAUCAAUCCCCCAACAGAACCCAACAGAUCCACUGCACUGUCCUCCUCGACAGAAGCCCCGCCUUCUCGGCUCAGUAACAAUAUCAAUGGUCCCUCCUUGAACGGGUUUUCCGCACUUGUCCCUGACAAUCUUCAGCCUCCAGAAAUCGUAUGCACGCGCCGUGCUCGAUCAUACCUUGAGUGCUCUACCCACUCAAAAUUUGAUGAUGCCAAGUUAUCCGCUGCCAACCUACUACCAAACAGUCUCCAGUCAAAAGCAUACCCGAAUUUAUGGCCUACUGUAGCCUUCCUCACAGAUAGGAUUGUGGUUUCCUCGGGUCCUUCCUACCCUCAACGACAUAUGCCUCCCUUUUUCGUCGGAACUUCCUUCCUCUUCUUCAAUAAGGGGAUGAAUUGCGAACUUGAAACUUAUACUGCUGCUGAGAAUUUCAGUUAUCCCCUCAGUGAUCCCCUUAUAAGUGUACAGGGAUAUCAUUUGCAGCCACCACUCAAAAAGAUCUGUCUCCAGAGAUUACUGCCCUCUUUGCACUCAGAUUCCUCAUUUUUUCCAGGGUAUUAUUCUUCUAAAGCCGUGGAAUCAUACCAUCUUCAGCAGGACGUUGGAGCACUAGCAUUCGAAUCUCCUCAGAAGAUACUCAUGGGAAAUUCGGUGAAAACUGUCGUCCCUGUAGGUUGGCCGGUCCCUAUCGGAAGUAUCAUUCCCAGUGGAGUUUUGAUGACUGCAUUUGAGGGCCAAAACUACCACAUCCAGAGACCUAUAUGUCAUAUCACUUUGCUGCCUCAGAGAAACAAGAUAGAAAUUUAUGUGCUGUCAAAUGGAAGCUGCAAAAUCACAAUAAGGACCCUGCCAGAUAAACUUCAGUCAACCAAAAGAAGACUGCGAAUUCAUCGGGCACGUUUUGCUGCAAGUGAACGUGUUCGUGCCAAUCCUGUUUUAGAGCGUUGCUAUUCGCUCGUCAUUUCAACAGAAUAUCCACGUUACCUCAAAUUAAAAGUAAGUGUCCAGGACGUGUUAAGAAUGAUGGCUGUCUCCUCGGACUUGACUACGGAAAUGCCGCCACCACUUAAAGUGUCAGAAGUCACCAAGUGUACUGCCUAUGAAUAUUCCUUCCGAUUUCUUGAGUGGUUGGCAGUAAAUGACAUCUCUUCAGUGGACGAUCGUCUCGGAAAACCCUUUUCGUUCCCGGUGAGAAUUCUCGAAAAAAGUGUUCCGCAAUUACUCUCCACUUUGCAGACCCCUGUUUACUUCCCUGGUGAAUUGCAAAAAAUGGAAACCAUUUUUUGUCAUACGGACUCCACCAUUUUCUGUCCACUUGAUGGACUUGCAAGGAUGGAUUCAGGUGCCCUUAGACAUCCAGUUCUGAGAAAUAUGGCGGCGAAGGGCUGCUGCAGACACAAAUUCAAAGUUAAAUCUGUUUAUAAAUCGCUUCCAAUGAAAAGCUUCGCACGGUUGCAAUCAGAGUUAUUGACAACGGUGUCUUCCAUUUCUGAUGUCAGUGUUUCUCAUGCCGAUGUUACGGGCAGAACUGUCUUACCAAAUCGCGUCUCAGAUGUGGAGCAUGCUUUGCGAGGCCCUGUUUGUCGUCACUUGGCACACAAAUGUAAACCUGCGAAAGACAGGCACAUCUUCUUGUUGGAAAGUUUGUGUCCCAAAAACCCAGUAGGUGAGGUGGAAUUGAAAGAGCGGCCAUCUUCGUCCUUGGCUUCUUUGGCCUCCUCCAAAGAUUCCACAGUUUCAACAACCAGUGAUGCCCCCUUAAUGUCCAGUACAAUCAGAAGUGCCAGCACUGCCUCUGUCAGAAGAAGACGCAAAUUCUCUUUCCUAGAUCCCUUAAUACAGUCUCCUCCCAAAGCAGAGGUCCAGCUCCUUGAAGACAGUAAUCAGUCUUCAUCAAAUACAUCACCCUCGACGCAGGAUCUUCUGGCACCAGGUGAAGUCUCCACUCCGUUAAUGAAAGACACCAAUACAUUCCUCGGUAGCCCUUUUCAAUCUGCUGUUAGUACAGUGUGUGUAGCAUCGGAUACACCGGUGGUGGAGGCUCUUACGCAGUGCGCCUGCUCCUGUCCUUUCCACGGCGGUUACUCGAAUGCUCUUCUGGCGGAACACCUACAGCAUCAACAUUCUAACGAGAGAGUCUUGGAAAACGAAGAUUUCAAGUCUGAAUUCGAAGCAGAGGCUGUAUAUUGUGGAUCGUCGAGUAAGCCCAGAAAGUUAAUCGCAACAAGCAAGAUUCCAAGCACCCGGACUCAUUGCAUUGAGGAACAACAUCUUUCAGAGACCCAUAACACUGAGCGAAAGGCUCCCCACCCACCAGUUUCCAUCUCUGCACAAAACCGCCGAUCAUUCGAACAGACCUCUGAGAAUGCUACGAGAUUCUUCGAAUCACCUUCGAGAGGUCAAAUUGUCCUCGCGUACAUUGACUUCUCUCCUGAUGACACAUUAAUGGAGGGCGACGGUGGAGGACUCGAGUUGGGUAGCCCUUUCUCUCCCAUCUCCCCCAUACCUAUUCCCGUGGUUCAGCAAUCUACGCAGUUUUUCUGA